AGGUGUAGAAAUUCGCGAGUUUCAGCCAAAAAACGUGAACGUACCAAGCCUGCUAGUACCGAAAUGAUUAGCGCCUCUUGCUGUUAUUAUCGAAUUCAGUUUGCGUUCAGUUGCCGGUGCGCUCGGUGGUGGCAAUUUGACGUUGCUCUCGUUCUGCUAGAUGUAGUGCAGUGGCUGCAUACAGCGGGGGUGAUAUUGUGCGGUAAAGCAGGAAAGAAGAUUUCAACAGAAAUUCACGAGAACUCCCGACAUCAAAGUGCACAUAUAUGUCGAAAAUAGUGUGAUUGUGAAACAUUAGUGCAGUGGAAUACGUAUCGAAUUUAUAUCCAUCCAUCGGCUAGAGGUGUAAAUUACAGUGUAUAGAAGUUCGCAACUGGCAAUCGCAGCAUCAAACCAGUACCAGAGAGAUUACAAAUCAUACUAUCCGACCCGUUUCAAAUCGACUGGCUUGGCCCAAUCCUUCAUCAGAACAAUGACAACAGAGGUUCCUUUCGUGUACGGCGUGGAGUUGAGAUCACCUCCAACGACAACGGCAUCAAGCCCGCUCACGCAUUUCGAGCGUUUCUUGAAGACAAAAUACAUGAUCGAGAAGCUAAUGCUAAACCAUAAUUUUUCCCACGGCUCUACUCAGCUCCCACCUAAUGUGACGAUCCUGUCAUCCCUGUUCUCGAACACCGACAACACCACAACGUCCGUGCUGACAUUCCACAGCAAUUCGAGCACUGCCGCGGAUCUGUCAUCCUUCUUAAGCCAUUGGCCCGGGGAAGCUACCAAUGUGACGGUGGACGACACUGUUGCGAAUAUGACGUCCAGCGUGGGAGAUGAUUCCAGUGCGGCGGCAGCCAGUGGCUUUUUCAGUGGCUUUAGUGAAUCGACAUUUCAGUACUAUAUCAUUAUCCCGCUGUAUACGGUUAUCUUUUUGCUAUUGGUGGUAGGCAACUCGCUGGUGAUCCUGACGCUGGUGCUGGAUAAACGGAUGCGAUCGGUGACUAACAUUUAUCUGCUGAACUUGGCCAUAUCGGAUCUUCUACUGGGCAUAUUUUGCAUGCCGUUCACACUGGUCGGGCAGGUUCAGCAAAACUUCAUUUUCGGCAGGUUCAUGUGCAAAGUUAUACCGUACCUUCAAGCCGUUUUCGUCUCGGUGGCCGUGUGGACCCAGGUGGCCAUAGCACUGGAACGCUUCUUCGCCAUCUGUCGACCGCUUUCGUCCCGUCGCUGGCAAACCCAGUUCCACGCGUGCAAAAUGAUAGCCCUGGUUUGGGUUCUCAGCUUCGUGGCGGCCUCGCCCCUGUGCUACGUUCAGCGUCUGCAACCGGUGCAUCGGUUGCGUACAACGGCGUCCAAUCUGAACAUCAUCCUCGACGCUAACGCCAGCGGCAUUCAACAGCCGAUGAAGUGUCGCGAAAUGUGGCCGAACCAAUCAUUCGAACGGGCCUAUGUGUUGUUCCUGGGAGCGGGAUUGUUUUGCUUUCCAUUUUUUACGAUGGUAUUCGCCUAUUCGAUGAUUGCGUUGAAACUGUGGCGAGGACUGAAAAGUGAAAUAUGACAAGCGAAUCAAAAUCAAACACAUCAAAUGCGAAUGAACAAAGCCACUGACAUCUCGUUGAAAUCAUUCCCCUCUAACACGGGCUUAAAACCCAAGGCCACUCUACCGCAAACCCGGGAAACCAAUUGCCACUUCCUAACGACCGAACCGACCCCACCGAAAAACA